AUGCCUCGAGCUUCUACCUCAAAGACCAGUAAAUCUGAAGCCGGUCGCGCGCCCGAAACUGAACGCUUGAUCGACGAGGAGGAAGCGUGCUCUCGGUUCUGUCUAGGGCGAACAGAUCUAGACAGUGUCGAGCCUAACGCCCCAAAGAACGGACAGAUUCUCAAGCAUAGUCUCCGCGACGUGAAGCGUAUCCACGCCAAAGUUGCUGAGAUGGUGAAGACCUUGCAAGCCGGUACGCCGGCAGGGAAAGUUGUGCCUCGGAUCGCCGGCGGCACUCUCACACGCACUGAAGCUAAGGAGCGAUACCAUCUUGAAGACAACCAGAUUAACCGCAUUCGCCCUUGCAAGGUCAAAGUCAUUGAGAGGGAUGGGUGUGAGUUUACUAUGCGCAUCUACAACACCGCCGAUGUCAAAGCUCUAUCCCAGGGAAUCGCGCAACUCGGAGACACGAAAAGUAACCAAGUUGCCUCCAUUGCGCGCGACGCCAUGUCCCAUAGAGAAUUUCUUGAUGAGUUCUAUAACCCGUUUGACGGCGAUCCUGAUGAUGCCGACGCUCUCUUGGCUUCUAUCUUGCACCCCUGA